AUGGCGGAGGAUUCUAUAGAAGAGCCAGGUUUGGAAAAAUAUAAAACAGAUGUCAUUUACAAAUUGGAAGAUGUACCGCCGUGGUAUAUGUCCAUUUUAUUGGCAAUACAGCAUUAUUUGACGAUGUUUAGUGGAGCCAUUGCAGUUCCAUAUUUAUUAUCAUCCAAUAUAUGCAUGAAAGAGGACAGCCUGUAUAAAGGGCAUCUCAUUUCUGCAACAUUUUUUGCUUGUGGUGUGACUACUCUGAUACAAGUAACAAUUGGAUGCAGAUUACCAAUCAUACAAGGUCCAUCUUUAGGAUUACUUAGCUCAGCUCUGGCGAUCCUCAGUCAACCUAAAUGGAAAUGUCCAAGUGAGCAUUUACUUAAUAAUAUGACAGAAGACAUGAAGAAUGAAGAAUGGAUGUCAAGAAUGCGAGAAAUUCAGGGAGCCAUAAUCGUAGGUUCCGUUGUAGAAGUUCUCAUAGGUUUAACUGGUCUAAUUGGAUUUCUGAUGAAGUGGAUAACUCCUUUAUCUGUGAUGCCAACUAUUACUUUAAUUGGACUGUCUUUGUUUGGCGAAGCAGCUAGGCAGGCAUCCGGACAUUGGGCUGUUUCAAGUUUGUAA